UCUGAGGCGUCUAGCUGCUGAAAACACAACCUUUACUGCGGGUCGUGUGAUAACAUGCCUCUCUCUGUGUAGCUUCUCUCUCUCCCAGGGAAGUUUCUCUCUUUUUCUCAGUGUUUACAGGGCUGUAAUCAUGCAGAGAGCUCAGCUCUGCGCUCUGAGGAGCGGCUUCCUGCGGGUUUUCUACCCGUUAAACGCUGAAAACACCCCAGCUGUCAGAAACAGAGUAAAUAGCUCCCUGUUGUGCAGAAAAUACACUGUACUUCCCCCACCCCGGGACAAGGAGGAAAAGGCCAUGCUGGACAGCAUGCUGCGGGUGGACCAUGCAGGAGAAUAUGGGGCAAAUCGCAUCUAUGCUGGACAAAUGGCUGUCCUGGGAAGAACCCAGUCAGGCCCUAUUAUACAGAACAUGUGGGACCAAGAAAAAAUGCACUUGCAGAAGUUCAAUGAGAUUUUGGGAGAGAACAGGGUGAGACCAACGUUGUUGCUACCUCUGUGGAAUGUUGCAGGUUUUUUACUUGGGGCCUCUACAGCUCUCCUGGGUAAGGAAGGUGCGAUGGCCUGCACGGUGGCAGUAGAGGAGAGCAUCUCUGAACACUACAACAGCCAAAUCCGGGCGCUAAUGGAAGAAGAUCCAGAGAGAUAUAGAGAGUUAUUACAGCUCAUUAAAGAGUUUCGUGACGAUGAGUUGGAACACCAUGACACUGGUCUGGAACAUGAUGCUGAAUCAGUACCUGGAUAUUUGCUUUUGAAAACGGUCAUACAAGCUGGAUGUAAGGCAGCCAUUUAUGUGUCUCAGCGUGUUUAAGUACAAAUUUGUGUUUCGGUAAUAUGUACAGUAUAUAAGUAUUUUGUUUAUAUUUUAACUGUAAAAUGAUACAAUGUUGAGGGUGUAAUUUCUUGAAUAUUAAACAUUAAUUUGUUCAAGCAGAAUUUGCUAGAGCAAAUGAAAUGUGUACAGGCAAAAAGGAAAAGGCAUGUGUUUUCUUCAGUGUUAUUGCUUUUUUUUGUAUUUAUACCAGUUAUUUGGACUAAACUCUGUUUGGGGAGUCAGUAAAGCUCAAAUCAUUCAACCCAAAUCAGAACUUAGUGACAGGAGUGCCUGUGUCUGUCUACUUCUGCAAUGGAAAAAACGCCACCUGGUGGUUUCCAAAAGUAAUAGUUCUGAUAGUCUCUGAACAGAAAACCUAUUUUAAAUAGGUUUGUAUUUGUAAUGUUAUUUUAUAUUAUGUCAGUUUUUUUAGAGCUUCUUUUUCUUGCCACUCCUGCAGUCCCUCAUGAUGUUUAUCCUGCUUGUGAUAUACAUGCCAUAAUCAAUAAACAUUCAAGUUGAAAAAGGAA